AUGUACAAAUUUACGUCAUCUUCGAUACCAUUCAAGAAUAAUAAAAAUGCAAUAACAAUUUUAAUGUUUAUUUUUUUUUUCACAAUUCCAACAAUAAAUUCGUUAACUAUAACACAACCUCAUCCAUCAUCAGUACCACCACCAGCCCCAACAGACAAAGUAUAUCCAGAAUCUUUCUCAAGAAGUGGCUGUCAUAUGAUGGGACAAGUGGAAUUUUAUCCAAGGAUGAACACAGAUAAUCUUUUUGGAUAUAUAAGUUUCAUAGAGACAUCUGGUGGUAAAGAAGUGGUCGUUAACGCCAUAUUGGCAACUGAAAUAGGAUUGGAUGGACUAAAGGAUCCCGAAGAUCCAUCAAAACCACUUUACAAUAUGGAAUUGAUUGAUGACGAAAACAAAUUAGUUUAUGAUCUUACAGCUCCCAUAUUCAAUAACGCUUUAUAUGUGGUAUCUUUAAAAAUACAGAGAGCUCCACUUAGCAUUUGUGAUAAAACCAAAUCUAUUAUAGGUAAAUACCUUGUUAUCAAGAAAGACGGCGUUGAAAUUGAUAGGGCAAAAAUAUUUGGAAUGUUGGACACCACAAACGGCUUUAUUUUUGAGCAAUUUUAA